AUUUUACGAAAUAAUUUUGUACUAUUGAAGCGUAUCCGAAAUAACUUUAUGAAAAUUUUAUUUAUACCCGUAGGAAUCCGAACGGGUACUUUUAUCCUACAGUGUAGUCCAUCUAUUUUUUGAAAAGUAAAAUCAAUAAUAAAUAAUGGCUACGCCAUUGUUUAUUCAGUAAUCUGUUUUGUGUUAAACGAAUAACCAUAAUACACUUAAAUGAAAUGCAAGCAUUUAGACUUAAAUGCGUUUAUCUACUAGUGUUAUUUUAUUAAGACAAUGUACGUUCAAUAUAUAUUAUUUGUUGUGCUUAUUCAUACAAAAUCUGUGCAUCUUUAUUGUGGUCCAUACAAUGGACAAAUAUGCAGAAGUUAUUCUACCGGUUACGUGUGGUAUAACAAUACAGGUGGCUUGGAUAAUGAAAAGAUUACUGCGGGAUUAUGGAAAGAAAUGAUAUCUACUCUCAAAGAACCGUGCAAAAGUACAGCUGAGAAAUUAUUGUGUGCCUAUGCUUUUCCUAAAUGCAUCCACAAAGAUGAAAUAGGUUAUACUGCGUUACCUAUUUGUUACGAAGACUGUAUGGCUGUUAAAAUGCAAUUUUGUUACAAUGAUUGGGUUGUUAUUGAGGAGCAAAAACGUCGUGGUGUUUUCUUUGAAUCUCGUGGACACUUUCGAUUUCCGGAAUGCGAAAAACUGCCUAAACUUUCUGGAAAAGGUUCACAAGUUACUUGCAAUAAUGCUGGUAUUACGGAUAUGGAUUUAAGUCAGGUUACUAAUACUUGUGUUAAAGGCAAUGGGCGCUAUUAUCAGGGAACCAUGAAUGUAACAGAAACAGGAUUAGCUUGUCAAGCUUGGGAGUCUCAGUUCCCUCAUCAGCAUACUAGGCCGCCUCUAGUAUUCCCUGAAGUUCAGAAUUCUACAAAUUUCUGCAGAAAUGCUGGUGGAGAGGAACGCAAGCCGUGGUGUUAUACAAUGGAUGCUAAUGUUCGUUGGGAGCACUGUGACAUACCACUUUGUGCCAAUUUUAGUGAAGAAUUUGACAAUAGAAAUGGACCAAUAAUUGUUAUGGAAAACUACUUCACACCAACUUUUGUUUUGUACUUGUCUAUAGGGGGCCUUGGAUGUAUUUUAGGUAUAGCACUAAUAGCAUUACUGUGCCACAGCUUCUUAAAAAACCACUACUCAAAAUGCAAUAUAUCUAAUCGAAGAAAUGUCCAAAAUGUAGAUAUUGACUUAGAUAAAUUACCUAGCAACUUAGCUUAUCAUACUACUGGGGCUCAACUAAACCCAAAACUAGAAAAAUUGGAAUUCCCUAGAAAUAAUAUAAUUUAUAUUCGUGAUUUGGGACAGGGUGCUUUUGGAAGAGUUUUUCAAGCCAAAGCUCCUGGACUUGUUCCUGAUGAAGAGUUCACCAUUGUUGCUGUUAAGAUGCUCAAAGAUGAAGCUUCUCAUGAUUUGCAGUUGGAUUUUGAAAGAGAAGCUUGUCUACUAGCUGAUUUUGAUCAUCCAAAUAUAGUAAAAUUAUUAGGUGUUUGUGCUAUUGGGAGACCAAUGUGCUUACUGUUUGAAUAUAUGGGCAAAGGUGACUUAAAUGAGUAUUUAAGGGCAUGCAGUACUGCCACUAAUUUUCCACCAGCCGUCGAAAAUAGGGAAGAUUUACGGUUGCUUGCUACUCCUUUGAAUCAUUUAGAUCUCUUACAUAUAGCUAGGCAGAUUGCAUCUGGUAUGGUAUAUCUGUCAGACAGAAAAUUUGUACAUCGUGAUUUAGCUACUAGAAAUUGUUUAAUUAAUGAUGACAUGGUAGUCAAAAUUGCUGAUUUUGGAUUAUCACAUAAAAUUUAUCUCCAAGAUUACUAUAAAGGUGAUGAACAUGAUGCAAUACCUGUGCGGUGGAUGCCUUUAGAAAGUAUACUUUAUAAUAAAUAUACCUUGGAAUCUGAUGUGUGGGCAUAUGGUGUGUGCCUUUGGGAAAUAUUUUCAUUUGCUUUACAACCAUACUUUGGUAUGACCCAUGAAGAAGUUGUUAGAUUUUUAAAAGAUGGCAAUGUACUGGCUUGCCCUGAUAAUACACCGCGCUGUGUGUAUGAUUUAAUGAAACAGUGUUGGAACCACAAUCCAAGUGAUCGGCCAAACUUUAGGAUCAUAUAUCAAACAUUGGAUAAUGUACAACUAAUUUUGGAAAGAACUCGUAUAGAGUAAUGUCAGUGUUUUAUUCUAAAAUUUAAGAAUUUAGUUUUGUACAAUAUUUAAAAUUUUUGCCUGCCAGUGUUAUAAAUGAAAAUAACUUUCUUGCCCUAUUUAUGGACAUAUUUAUCAUUUCAUUAUAAAUUAUAAUUUUCAUUAUUGUGUAUGUUAAGUAAAUAAGUAAUAUAAGUUGUGUAAUUUACACUUGUAAUAUAUUAUUGGUAAAAUGUAUAGAUAAUUUCAAGAAUUCAUGGUAUUAUAAGAGUUAACAAAUGAAAUGCUUAAGUACUAUAUAUAUUUAAAACAUGAAGACAUCUUAUCUCUUUAUACAUACAAUAUUGUCAUUUCGGGUAAUCACCUGAACACAUAUUUUACUUGUUACAAUAGUUAUUUUGGCAAUAUUUAUUACUAAUAAGAAUAUGACUCAGUUUGUUAACUCUUACAUACCUUAACCUUGUAAAUAAGUUUAUCAUUUAAAUAACAACAUAAUUUAGCAAGUACAUUUAUUAUCUAAAUACUUUGUCAAUUUUGUAACUAGACAAAAGUCUGUCUGAUACAAUAAUAGUUGUCAAAAUAAUCUAUUGAAGGUCAUAGCAAGGCUUGUAUAUUUCUUUCGUCACAAUCAUAACAAUAAUAUGAUUUAAUAUUUAUGAAUGUGCUCAUAUUUUAUAUGAAUAUGUGUCACUGUACUAAUAUAUUUUAUAGUACUUAAUAUUGUUUUAAAUUGUUUAAGGUAACAUUUUUCAUAAGUGCUGAUUUAGUGGUUAUGACAUUGUCAUAUGAUGUCUAUUAUUAUUCUUUUUUCGUAAUCUAAUAUACAAAUCCUUAUAAAGACUGAUUUUAUGUUAAAAUUAAGUAUUUAUUAAGCUCACAGGCCACCACAAAUUUCAAUUUAAUAUAAGAAAUGACAUUAAUUUAUUAAAAUUAUCACUACAUUUAUGGGGAUGACUAUUAUUAUUAUAUUAUAAAUGAGCAGAUUAUUUGUAGAAUUUUAUUUAAAUUGAUAUUUAAUUUUAAAUUAUUAAUACACAAUAUUUUCAUAAAAAAUACCAAGGUUAGCCUUUGCAUACUAAUGUACCUACUGAGUAUGUACAAUAUUAAUAAAGCUAUUUUUAUAAAGCCUAUAGAUGUAAUAAUAUAUGUACUUAAAACAAAUUAAUAGUAUGUCUGUAUUAUAAGAUUUCAUAACGUCAUUAUCUUUAUUAGAUAGAAUAGCUCUAAUAAUAUUGUAUGACGAUUAACACAUUUAUACUGUGUGCGCUGUAGCAUGGUGUGGGUGAAAGCAAUUAAUUAGGUAAAAAACUGUAGACCAGUUUUUUAUUAUAUAUUUUAUAUUGACAACAAUUAAUUUAAGAUUCUGUUAUGCCAAAUUACUCAUUAAAAAAUAUGUGCAUUUUUUUUCUUUGUACAGGUAUAUUUGAAAAAAUAUAAGAUAGUAAUUUAUAUUAAGAUACAAUGCUCUACUAAAUGUGAAUAUAUGUUUGAUUGGCAACUUUUAGCAAUUAUUCAGAAAUACUAUUUAAUUGUUCUUGAAACUGGUGGACAAAAUAUUCCAGUGGAAAAAAACAUAUUACAUUAAUUUCAUAACAAGCCUAUUGUUCCAAUACUCGAAAUCAUUUGCGUUUGUAUAGAAAAUGCAUAUAUAUUUAUUUUAGAAAAAAUAACAUGAUUCGUUUUGUAGAACCCUGUAAUUUUACUCGUAUUUUUACUUAUAGUUUUUUUUUGCUAAUGUUCCUAUCAAAUGUUAGAGGCAACUUUAUUAUUUUAAAAAGGUAUUGAAUGUGUAUCUGGCAAGUACGGUUGGCGAUAAAAAUAGAUUCGAAUCUAUUUUAGCAUCUAAAUGUAAUGGUACCUACUUUGCAUUUCUACUGUAAUGUUUCAUGAACUGUGUAUUUAAUUCUUUUGUUGUUGACCGUACAAAACUCACAAUGAAUUUAUAUAUUUUUUAAUAAUUGUCGUUAUAAUUAAAUAGAUCGAACAAAAAUAACCCACUUUGAUUUAAUAAUAAUUUUAUAUAAUUAACUUCAACACCUUUUACAAGUCAAACCGAACAAGUUCAAGUAUAACUGGUACAUUGAGGGUACCAAAGAAUAGUAACUAAAUUUAGGAAGGCUGUUUCUGUAAUUUUCCAAAAAUAAGGGUCAAAACAUCCUUUGAGAUAUAAAUACUUUUAGAGACGCUAUAACUUACGACUAAAUCUAGAGAUUUACUCCUACCUUGCAGUAUUUUAUAGUGUUGUAAAUCAUUCGAAAAUUUUUUAAAUUUCUAAAUCCGUUAUCGUAAACCUACACACGAAAGUACGUA